UCCGGGCCAGAUCGGGGGUGCUGGGCCCGGACUGGGAGUGCUGGGAGUGAACCGGGGGUGCCAGGCCUAGGUGGGACCCUGGGUGCAGGGCCCGGGCUGGGUCACGGGUGCUGGGCCUCGGCCCGGUCCUGGGUGCAGGGCAAGACGGGCGCCUCUGGUCCCAGGCUGGGCAAGGGGUGCUGGGUCGGGCCGGGCCGGGCCUGCAGGGCACUUGUGGGUGCUGGAGCUGAACUGCCCCCAGCCAGGUGCGCGGGCAGGCCUGGCCCUAAGGUGGCAGCGCCCUGGGGACAGGGGCGCUGGGACAUCCCUGCCCCUGGGCCAACACGGCCCCGUCCCCCAGCCAACACGGUCACCUUGCAGGCGUGUCCCCCAAGCCUGGCACCAUGGACGCGCCGCCCAUCACACCUGGGGAGCUGCUGUGUCUGGGCUCCAGCCUCGCCUUCUCCGGCCUCUUCUACUACCUGUACAGGAAGAAAGCCAGAGUCGUGGCACGCAUACAGGAGGCCCCAAAGCUCCAGGUUGACGACGAUUUACCAGCACUGGUCUCUGCGGCUGAUGGGAGGUGCCUGCCUUACGUUGCCCUGGAAGGCAUAGUGCUGCCAGCCAAGGCUGUGCUCACCAGCCAUUACCAUGAGGGGCUGCAGGGUGUGAUCCAGAAACUGCUUCUGAAAGAACAUCGGCUGAUCUGGAACAGCUUGGCCCGGAGCUGGAGUGAGAGCGAGCGGGUGCUCUCGGAGCAGGUCUACACCGUCCCCUUCUUGCUGGCCUCGCCGGAUACUGAGGCAGUGACACCAGUGAGCGUGGAGAGCCCACUCCGAGCUGUCUCCCUGCCGCUGGAGACAGUGUACGAGCGGUUCCAGCAGCCAGCCCACGGCUUCCGUGACCUGCUGGGCCAGUACUUGAGCGGGGAGAAGCCCAAGGGCAUCCUGGAGACGGAGGAGAUGCUGCGGGUGGGGGCUGGGCUGACGGGUAUUGGGGAGCUGGCCCUGCACCUUGACGGCUCCCUGCACCUCCAGCCGCCGGCCCAGGGGGGAGAAUAUUUCCUGUGCCUGGGGGACUGGCAGACGGUGCUGGCGGAGCUGGAGUCGGCCAGCGGGCUCUGGAAGGGGGCGGCCAUGCUGUGCGCUGCAGCGGGUCUGGCCGUCCUCCUGCAUGCCCUGUGCCGUGCCUACCGCCGCGCCCGCCUCAAGCAGCAGCGUGAGGACAAGGAGCCGGAGGGCGAGGGAGCUGGGGACGAGGGGCCCGAGGACUCCUGCGUGAUCUGCCUGACGCGGCCCCGUGAGUGUGUCCUCUUGGGCUGCGGCCACAUCUGCUGCUGCUUCCGCUGCUUCCAGGCUUUGCCCACCCGCCUCUGCCCCAUCUGCCGGGGGCCUAUUGACCGCGUGGUGCCCCUCUACCAGGCCUGAGAACACCUGGGGGGUGCCCAGGGAGGGGCACCGCAAACCAAGCCAAGCCUGGAGCCUGCAGAAAUCUCAGCUGUCCCCUUGCGUGCAGCUGUGUGAUUCCUGUUGGGAGUCAGGGGUCCUGAUGAGCCCUCCUGUAUG